AUGUCAUCACUCCCCUCAGCUGAAAGACCCGAAUCAUUCUCUUCCCCCUCCCUGGUCCCCAAAUUACAUCUAUACACCGUAGGUACACCCAACGGACACAAGCCUUCAAUCUUACUCGAAGAGCUCCACGAGGCUUACCCCGAAAACGAUCAACUGGUAUACGAUUUCAUCCCGAUCAGAUUCUCAGAGACGGAUCAGAAGAAACCUGAAUUCUUGGCUAUAAACCCAAACGGACGUAUCCCAGCUUUAGUCGAUGAUAACGUCGGAGGACACAAUGUCUGGGAAUCAGCCAGUAUCUUGUUAUGGUUAAUCGAGAGAUACGAUAAAGAUCACAAAUUCUCUUUUAAAGAUCCUAAAUUGAGAUCAGACGUUUUGAGUUGGAUCUUCUUCGCUCAUGGUGGUGUUGGACCUAUGCAAGGUCAGGCGAACCAUUUCGCACGAUACGCCCCUGAAAAGAUCCCAUAUGGAAUCAAGCGAUACCAAGAUGAGACUGCCAGGUUGUAUUCCGUAUUGGAAGAUCAAUUGAAGAAACCUGAAAGUAAAGGUUUUUUGGUUGGUGGGAAAUAUAGUGUGGCCGAUAUCAAUGUCUUCCCAUGGGUCAGAAGCCACGCAUGGUCAGGAAUCGACAUAACCCCUUUCCCUCAUGUUCAAAAAUGGUUGGACACCAUCGAAGCCCGACCAGCGGUCUACAAGGGUUUGGGGGUACCUACCAGAGCAAAGAAGUUGACAAAGGAGGAGGAAGAAGAAAAAGCUGCUCAGGCAAGAAAGAAUUUCGGUUUUGGUAAAUAA